CAAUUUCCUUAUAUAGCUGUUGCCUAAAGAUAUAUAUUAGUUAAAUUAUACUAGGCUACACUCAUCAUAUAUACCUUGAUGUGUGUGUGUUGAUUACAUAGAUAAGUGUGAUCAUCAGUCCGUGUCGUGUAGAUGCAACUGAUUUUGUCUUGUGACCUUCGAAGGUAUAAUUCACCCAAGCAUAUUUCUAAAGUUGCAUUAGUUCCAGUGGCAGUGGAUUCAAACUUUUACUUUAGUUUGCUGAAGCUAAUUAAAGUUACCCACGGACCACAGCAUUAAAUACAUGUAUCACCCCUAUCUAGUAUCUGAAGAACGAAAAUGGGUGUGUUAACGCAAGCUAUUAUAUUAUUAACCGCGAUAGGUGUUGCUUCCUCGGGUGUAAUUCUGUACACACCACUGCCUGACGGUAUGGAACAACCCUGGAGAUUGAGAGAAUACUAUGCCAAGACAAAAAUGUCCCUCAUUGUUGGUGGAUUAGCUGGUCUAGUUGGAUAUAGUAGUGUAAAUGUAUCAAGAGUUUUAUUAGAUAGAAUACAACUAACUAAUGGUUCAUCAGAUACUCAUCCUAACCUACAGGUAUCUAAUGUAUUAUUAGAUGGUAUACAGGCUAGAGUUUAUAGACCUAUUAAUAAAGAUGGUCUAUUACCGUGCUUUAUAUAUUAUCAUGGUGGUGGAUUAGUCUACAGUAUCAAUACAUAUGAUGGUGUAACAGCUAAAAUUGCUAACGAUAGUGACAUAGUGGUAAUAUCAAUAGAAUAUAGAAAAAUACCAGAGUUUCCCUAUCCUGCUUCUAUUGAUGAUGGUUACACAGCUACAUUGUAUAUUCUAAAUAAUGGAAAAAGGCUGGGUGUUGAUCCAACUAAAAUAUCUAUCGGAGGUGACAGUGCUGGUGGUAACAUGGCGGCUGCACUAGCUCUCAAACUUCGCGACAACAAGGUGACACCCAAAAUAGUUGGACAAGUACUUAUCUAUCCAGUUUUACAAACAUGUGAUUUGCACACACCAAGUCAUCAAUUGGGUUCCAAUUAUCUUUACAAUGGCCGGGCAUUUGCUGCUGAAGUGGCUGUCAUGUAUUUGGGAUUACCAAGCCAUUUUAAACAAUUUAUUAUGAGUGAAAAUCUUUCUUCUCCUGAACUGACAAAAAAGUGUAAACGUUUUGUCAAUCAUAAAUAUUUACCAGAAGAAUUUAUACCUCAAGGUUACUUGCGCACUGAUGUCACCGCCGAUCCUACCAACAAGGAUGCAUUAAUGUUAGGGAAGAAAAUGUCAGAUCCAUACUUUUGUCCGCUUAUGGAAGAAAUUUUGGGAGAUCUUCCACAAACGUUAAUUGUUACUGCAGAAUUAGAUCAUAUUAGAGAUGAUGGAGUUAUUUAUGCCCGGCGUCUACAAAAAGCGGGCGUAAAAACCGAAUGGCGUCAUCUACCAGAUAGUUUCCAUGGUGUUUUAACAAUGAUUGACAAGGAUUAUGGAUUUCAGGGCGGUGAAAUAAUGAUAAACCAUAUAGCAAAUUUCUUAAAAACACUUUACUUUGGGGUAUGAAUUUUUGAUCCAUGUUUGCUUGGCAUAUCUUAAAACUGACAUGAGUGAAUGAUAUUAUCUUCUAUGUGAUAAAAGGAUACACUGUAGAUUCAGAGAACUGAAUUUAUUUUAAUGUUAUCUCAGGGAAAACAAUAAAAAUUUUAUACACCCACUAGCAUCCAACCAAUAUAAUAAUGUCCGCUACAAAAUGUGAUAAACUUUGCCAAGACUGAUACUGUUGAAAAUACCUUGUAUGUUAAAAAGUUUUAAUUUUGUACUUGUUUCUUUUGAGCGUCAGUUUACUAUAAAUAUCUUAAUUUUGUGAAGAUUUUGUCGAUUAAUGAAGUGUUGAUAAUAAAUGUAACAGCUAGCCUUCGGUAUGGUGUUCACCGCAUUAACACCCACCAGCAUCCAACAUAAUUAUGCCUGGUACAAAAUGUUAUAAACUUUGCCAAGACUGAGACCGUUGAAAGUUCCAUGUAUGUUGUAAAGUUUAAAUAUUUCUGGUAUGCACUUAGAUAAUUUGCUGUCUCCCAAGAAGUGUUGCCCCCAGGCAUAUGCCCAACUCUAUUCUAAGCACAUGCCCCCCAUAAAAAAUACUCAUUUAUAUAAAGUUGCCAUUGUGUUCCCCAACCGGCCUACAAUUAGCAUCAAGAAAGAAGAAAGUGUAAAAAGUUUGACUUUAGGGAAGAUCAAUAUUAAAUACAUCUUAAUUUUUAAAACUAAAAUAUGUAAAAUUAGUUUUAUGUGAGUGUACAAUUUGAACUACACCAAAUUUUGAUCGCUUUGAAUUCUAAAAUUUGAAAUAUAUUGAUUCUUUACCUAUUCCUUUAAGCAUUUUAAUAUCUCUCCCUAUAUUCCAAGUAUUGGGAAGUUUCGAUAUUUGUUAUCCACAUAAAAUUGAAUUAAAUCGGGGUUGAAAAUGCACAAUGUAAUGUAAAGCUUAGGGCUGACAUUAUUACAAAUCAAAUGAUCAUAUAUACAAAUAAAUUCAGUAGCUUGCAACCACACAGUUCAUUGUUGAUAAUUCAGUACAUGAAUUGACUUAGAGAUAGAGAUGAGCUAUAUUUUUUUUUUUUUUUUUUGGUAUCGGUUGUGCUAUAUUGAGGUAACAACAAAUGCUACAAUUAUUGUGUUAAUCUGCCAUUUUGUCAGGGGAGACAACUUCAUUUAAUGUUUGCGCCUUGUAGAACUACCAAUGUUUUAAUAUUUAAA